GGCCCCACUCGGGAGCUCAGCACUUCCCCUGCACUCGGGUCCCAGGAGGACCCAUCUGGCCUCAGCUCCAAAUCCUCAAGCCAGGACACAUGUGGCCAUGACACCCUGGCCCAGCUGGGAGCUUCCCAGGGAGGCACAGGGCACUGGGACUGGAGACCAUGCUACCCAUGGAGAGCCUCCUUGGGGGUUAGGAAAGGAACCUGGGGACACAGUGGGUCCACCCCAUGCCUCCAUGCCAGGAACCUGGCCGACUCCCAGCCUGGGCUGACAGAGCCAAACCCUCUGAUCACAACACUCGCAUCCAACCCAACAAACCACCUGAAGCUGCCGGCUGCCCGCAUCCUGCCCCUCUUCUUCCUCUUGCAGACGUGGACGAAUGUAAGCAGAACCCCAGAAUCUGCAAGGGCCGCAGCACCUGCACCAACACUCAGGGCAGCUACACGUGCCAGUGUCUGCCUGGCUUUGAGCUCAACCCAGAGGACCCGAAGCUGUGCACAGAUGUGGACGAGUGCAGCUCCGGGCAGCAUCAGUGCCAUCAGUCCACCAUCUGCACCAACACCCUGGGGUCGUACCAGUGCCACUGCCGCCCAGGCUGGGAGCUGAUUCCUGGGAGCGUCAAUGGCCGGAACAGCACCAUCUGCAAAGCAGUCAUGCCCUUCUUCACUUGGCCUCUGCCCCCUGGAGUCCACAGCCAGAGUCUCUCCCGCUUCACUGACAAAGUCAACAAUCUGCACAAGGAUGUCAAGCCAGAUCAGGCCAAGGACACCAUCCAGGGGAUCAUGAAGGAGGUGGAUGAGCUGCUGGAGACCCCUGGGGAUGUGGAGACCCUGACCUCCACACAGAAGCACUGCGUGGCCACUCACCUGCUGAAAGGCCUGGAGAGUGCCCUGACACACCUGAGCAGGGCUCUGCCUGAGGGGACAGCAACCUUCAAUUAUUCUGCAGGCACACAACUGUCCCUAGAGGUGCAGAAGCAAGGAGAUGGCAAUGUCACCUUGAGUCUGAAUCAGGCAAAGAUGCAGCUGAACUGGAAUCUGGCACAGGAAUCUUGUUACACAGGCCCUUCUGUGGUGGGCUUGGUCUCCACCCCAGGGAUGGACAAGCUGCUGGCCGAGGCUCCCCUGGUCCUGGAGCCUGAGAAGCAGGUGGCUCCCCAUGGGACACACGAGGAUUUGCUGCUGAGAAUCUCACCUGUUCUGCUCUCGGAUGUCAUCUCAGCCUUUUUGAGCAAAAAGGACACCCAGAACCUCAGCUCGCCAGUUACCUUCACCUUCUCCCAUCCUCUGGUGACACCUGCACCAAGGCAUGAGCUGCUCUGUGUCUUCUGGGACCACAGCCAGAAUGGAUGUGGUCACUGGGCCACUGCAGGGUGCAGGACAGUGAGCACUGGAGGUGGCAGCACCACCUGCCACUGUACCCACCUCAGCAGCUUUGCCGUCCUCAUGGCCCACUACCAUGUGCAGGACGACAACCCUGUGCUGGACUUCAUCACCUGCGUGGGGCUGGGCGUGUCGCUGCUGUGCCUGGUCCUGGCGGCCCUCACCUUCCUCCUGUGCAGAGCCAUCCAGAACACCAGCACCUCCCUGCACCUGCAGCUCUCGCUCUGCCUCCUGCUGGCCCACCUGCUCUUCCUCACGGCCAUCGACAGAACCCAGCCCAAGGUGCUGUGCGCGGUCACCGCCGGCGCCCUACACUACCUCUACCUGGCCUCCUUCACCUGGAUGCUGCUGGAGGGGCUGUUCCUCUUCCUCACUGCGCGGAACCUGACUGUGCUCAGUUCCUCCAGCAGAAACAGGCUCAUGAGGAGGCUCAUGUUCCCUGUGGGCUACGGAGUCCCAGCCGCCAUCGUGGCCGUGUCUGCAGCAGCCAGACCUCACCUGUAUGGCACCCCUGCUCGGUGCUGGCUCAAUCCAGAACAGGGGUUUGUGUGGGGCUUCCUUGGACCUGCCUGUGCCAUCUCUUGUGUCAAUUUGGUUUUCUUCCUGAUGACCCUCUGGAUUGUGAAGACCAAGCUGUCCUCCAUCAACAGAGAUGUGUCCACCCUCCAGAACACGAGGAUGCUGACAUUUAAAGCAAUGGCUCAUCUCUUCAUCUUGGGCUGCACCUGGUGUCUGGGUGUCCUGCAGGUGGGCCCCAUGGCCCCCGUCAUGGCCUACCUCUUCACCAUUGUCAACAGCCUGCAGGGCGUCUUCAUCUUCCUGGUGUACUGCCUCCUCAGCCAACAGGUCCGGGAGCAGUACAGGACAUGGCUCAAGAAGAUCUGGAAAUGGACAACUGAACCCGAGGCCUACACUCUGUCUAGCAAGGCUGUGUCCAACACCUCCUGACCCAGCACGAAUAAUUAGAAAGAUCAUCGGAGCUACAUCCUCCUUCCCCAUGGAAAAUCUGAAAAGUCAUUUUUUGAACCAUUAGGACAGGACAAAGACUCUGUGCUGUGUGUUUCAAGAAAUCCAUGGUGUUGGCCAUGUGAAGGGAUUCUUGGAGGACAUGAUUGACAUUCAACUCCUGCAGAACCUGAAAUCUGUCCAUGCCCGACAUGGUGCUGAGCAAAGUCAACAUCCAGAUGCCAUCUGCCGCCCAAUUCCUCAGUUUCUCUGUUAAACGUUCUUCUACUGCCCUCCCUUCCUUUGAGGCCUCUUUCAUGCAAAAAUUCUAGAAGCAAGAAAACCAGCCUCCCAGGAUGCUCACAUCCACAGCAUUCAAAAGGAAUAGAACUCGCCUUAAACUUUUUGACAACAAAAAAAAAAAAAUUCAUGGAAAUAAAAUAUUGUGGUGUCUACAAGGAAGAUGGCACGCUCUAUGUGGGACGUGGGCUUCUGAGGAUGUGGAAGGAUUCCCCAGAAUGCCAUAUUCCACUCAAGAUCUUCAUAGUCAUGAAGUAGUGGCCAAAUUGCCAAGAAAUUUGAUCACCAGAUAAUUUCCUGACAGACAUGUUAGUAAGUAAGAAGUAAAGAGUAGGAGAGAAACUGGGAAGACAGGGAGAUGGGCCUGGGUCACUUCCUGGGCAGUGAGUACAAACAGCACCUGCAGAUAUUUGCUAAGAAACUUACAAAAAGGCUAUUUUUAAGUCAGGACCUAUGUGACUCUGGUCCAUGCCCCUCCAAGGCAGGAAAAAGGCCUGAUGGACAUUUUGACUGGACUAAAGGCUGCAUGGACACUCCUUGGACACUGCGUGCCAUUAGUACAAUCAGGAUUGGGCAGGGGUUGACUUCCUUAAACCUCUAGAUCUAGAUAAACCCCUAGACAACAGCCACACUUUGUUGUCCCUCUCUGAGACCCCUUCCUCUUGGGGAGCUCUGUUUUCUUCUUAUUACUCUAGUAAAUCCUAUUACUUUGCUAUCAUUCUUGUGUCCAGGGACUUUAUUCUUUAAGUUCAUGAGAGAAGGAACCCAACCCCACUUCUGUGCUACAUUAAUAAUCAUGUUUUCAUUCUGAAAAUAAUCUAAAUCAGAAUUUUUACCUUAAAUAAAGCCCACUAAAUAUCUGCAUACUCCAAAUUUUCUAAAUAAAGUGCAAAUACAUA